AAAUUAAAUUCAUAGAGCAAUGGGUGUGAUCACUUACGAUGUAGAGACCCCUUCCUCCAUCUCGGCCGAAAAGCUGUACAAGGCAGUGGUGCUGGACGCAGACAACCUCAUCCCGAAGAUCAUGCCACAGGCCAUCCAGAAUGUGGAGAUCAAGGAAGGCGAUGGGGGCGUUGGCACCAUCAAGGUGAUUCAUUUUGGCCAAGGGAGCGAGUACAAGAGCGUGACGCACCGUGUGGAUGCCAUCGACAAGGACAACUUGACCUACAGCUACAGCAUCGUUGAAGGUGAUGCUCUUGCUGGCCAUCUGGAAUCCAUUACUUAUCACAUCAAGGUUGUCCCAACUGAAGAUGGAGGAAGCAUUUGCAAGAACAGAAGCAUUUACAACACUAAGGAGGGUGUUGAGAUUAGUGAGGAAAAGAUCAAGGAGGGGAAAGACAAGGCCCUUCAUAUGUUCAAGGCUAUUGAGGCUUACCUAGUAGCCAACCCUGACUACUAG